UAAAUGAGAAUGAACGUAUCGUGAAAUGCAGUGAAAUGAAUUGCACCCGAUGGGAUUUUCUUGUCGUAUUUGCGAAGCGGUUAAGUAAAAUGUGAUCGUUUCGAUUGCACUGAAAAAUGGGCCGUUCGAAAUUCCCCGGGAAACCCUCGAAACAUGUGAACAGGACCCGGAUAAACGUACUGUCUGCAGUUGUAAACACAACAGUUGCUGGUGAAUAUAAACCCACUGUUGUGACAGUUGAGGCAGACGACAAUUCGAAAAAGGCUGACAGCAGCAAACCGAAUGUCCUUCAAGCUAAGCCUGAACUCACACCAGAAGGAAAGCUGCUGAUCCGGAAAAAGAGGAAGGACAGGGUGAGCAUUGUCAGCAAGAGGACACCAAUCAAGAGGGGCAUUCUGCUAAGCACAUCAACAAGUAGUCCACUAAAUAGUUCGUCUCGAUUAACUAGAAGUAAAGUUAGCAGAAGGCCAGCACGUGGCUUCACCAUUCGCAGCAAGUUAAACAAAAGUAAGCUCUCAAUUAGUCCGAAAAAGGAGCAAAGCAACAUAGUUGGAAAGUUUGUUCUCCCUAGUCGUAGUGUGCAUUCAUCGCGUGUCAUUAAACCCAACAAACGUUUUUUAAACAUAGAACAAAGUGAAACAAUUGUGAAAAAGCGUGUGAUUAACAAGAAAGCUGUUGUCAAACCAGAAAAAAGUGAUGUGGUUAGUGAAACUGAACAAGUUAAAGAUGAAACUGACAGUGAUCCGGUACCAGUUGAAAGCAAGACUAGAGUGGUUCUUAGACAAGCCAGGCUGCAGAUUAACACAAGAACCUCCAUAGGUAUGGAGGGACCUUUCUCUACAAAAGUAUCCAGUAUUACAAGUGCCCCAACAACAAUCACUUGUGGAGUCUGUGGUGCAGUGCGCUUUUACAGAUUCAUCAAACAAGCCAGGAAGUUUAAUAUCUACACAUGUGAAUUUUGUAGAAAGUUUAUAUCAAAGCUGAUACAGCAUUCAAAUAAUAAGAACAUCACCACUCUGACUUGCCUCAAAGGUCAGGGGUCUUGCCCCAUAGUUCGGAAUCAACAAUGGAAAUUUAAUAGAAUUGCGUACAACUCUAGGUGUCCUGCAUGUUGGCUUAAACUUUGCCUCCGUUCGUUUCAAAUGCCAUUAGCCUUAAAAACUAGCCUUUCGAAUUUUCUACCGACUUACAUGCAAGUUAAUACUGAAUCACCAUUCUCCAGUUCACUACCCUUACUCACAUGGCAAUCAAAUGCAGAAAAUAAAGUGGACACAAUACCGGCACUUGAAAAUACCGAAAUUAUUCUGAGACAAAGGCCUGUACGAAUAAAACCUAUUAAAAAAGAGGAGAAACCCGUGAAUCCACUGUCAGAUAUUAAGAGACAAAAAGUUGAUCUGAAAGGUCCUAGAGUAAAGCAUGUGUGUAGAAGCGCGUCAAUUGUCCUUGGGCAGAUACCAGCUGUGUUUCCAACAGACAAGAAAGAAGAGAAGUCUGAUGUACAUAAAUCAGAUCCAGAAAUAGAUAAGCCUAAUGAAAUUACUGCACCUGAUUCAGCAGAAGUCCAAGAAGAACCAGAACUUAAAGUACCUGUUCAACCUUCCAAAAAAGAUAAAUCAAAAGCCACUGUACCUUCUAUGCUUCCAAUUGAAAUUAUGAAACCGUCCUUUAGUAAAAAGAUUAAAAAAAUAUCAAGGGAAGAUAAUCAGAAUCUAAUUGACAUUGAUUAUUGGGAAAACUACGAUCCCGAUGAGAUCAUUUGUAACGGAUUUAAUAUUAUAUCAUCCGAGUCCUUUCCAAUGCAGUCGAUUUGUUUUUUAUGCGGUAGUGCUGGUCGGGAAACGUUGUUGCACUGCUGUAUCUGCUGCGAACCGUACCAUCCGUACUGUUUGGAGCAGGCCCCAGGGAGUUUCAGCAAUUCAAAUGAAAAAUACUCAUGGAUCUGUCCUAAAUGCACCACAUGUUGUGCCUGCGGCGAGGCGGAUCGGCAGAAGAUCAAUUGCCAGAAAUGCCAUAAGGCGUACCACCCGCAAUGCUUCAAUACUAAAUGGAGAACCGACGACAGACCAACUGUUUGUUCCAACUGCUUAAGGUGUAAAAGUUGCGGUACGGAUAAUAUAACAAAAUUUGUAGGAAACGUUGCUCUAUGCUUACAAUGUUUUAAGUUAAGGAACAAAGGUAACUAUUGUCCUUUAUGCCAAUGUUGCUAUGAUGACAAUGAUUUCGACACCAAGAUGAUGGAAUGCGGUAAGUGCAGUAAGUGGGUGCAUGCGAAAUGUGAAGGAUUAUCCGAUGAGCAGUAUCAAAUACUGAGCAUCUUGCCAGAGUCCGUUGAGUUUUUGUGCCGCCUCUGUUCGAACGCCUCGACGCCCUACUGGAGGAAGGCCGUUCAAAAGGAGCUGCGAUCCUGUUUUAACAACAUUCUACGAUUGCUGAGUAAGAAUCGUGUUGCUAGGGAUAUGCUAAAGUUAAGUCCCUUCAAAGUAUGUACUCCAACCGCGAAAAGUUUGAACUCCGCGCGCCGUUUAGAAUUUAUCAACACGGAGCCGACUACCAACCAAGAAGUGGACAAUCCUUUGGAUAGCGACUUGGAACAAGUAAACGCGAUCUUCAAGAACAAAAUAGAUUUCGAGGAUAGCUUCAAUAGCACGGCGCUGAACGAUUCCAAGAUUCCUAUAUCACCGAGUAUGGUCGAAAUCAAGAACAAACUAAAUUGUAAUGAAUAUUUCUCUCUACAUGAAUUCAAUGAAGGCAUGGAGCAUGCCUUAAAUUCGACUUCUUCCAAUGAGUUGUUGAAUAUUUAUAGAUCGAUUUUGAAGAAAGUAUUUCCUUGGUUUGAUCCUAACCAGAAAGAUGACCUGAACAAGACCAUUUGCGAUGCUUCUCACGCUGAUAAAAAUGACGAGGAUAAGAAAAUAUGCGAUCGCUUCGAUGUGAACGCCACUGAUAUCGUCGAUACAAGGCUUUGCAAUUUGUGUAAGGGAAUUGGUGAUGGUUAUGCUGACAAAGAAGCAAGACUUCUCUAUUAUGGUCAGAACGACUGGGUCCAUGCGAAUUGCGCGCUUUGGUCUUCCGAAGUUUAUGAAGAAAUUGAUGGAUCCUUGCAAAACGUACAAAGUGCAGUGAGUAGAGGCAGAUCCAUCCGGUGCGCCGAAUGCAAACAAAAAGGAGCAACUGUAGGUUGCUGCCUGAAGGGCUGUUUCGAAACGUAUCAUCUACCAUGUGCACAAAAAUCGGAAUGCCACUUCAUCGCUGAUAGAACAAUGUACUGUAAAUCUCAUGAAAUAGCUAAUAAGCUCAACGUUCUUACAAAUCCCAGAGAGUUUGAAAUUAAAAGAUCUGUCUACAUAGAAGUUGAUAGCAAGAAGAAAAAAUUUAGCGAAAGAGAUAAAAUCCAUUUUAUGGUUGGUUCUUUGACUGUACUUAAUUUGGGCAAAAUUGUGCCCUGCGUCUCUGAUCACGUUGACGUCUUAAUUCCAGUGGGUUUUGUUUGCUCCAGGCUAUUUUGGUCUACAACCGAACCCUGGAAACUAAUACCUUAUAGAAUCACAACAUCGAUACUCAACACGCAAUCUCACAAAUACGUCGACAAAAACUUUACUGUUGAUCAUUCAUUGCCAAAACAUAUUAUCGAGAAAAAAAUUAAGGACAUUUAUUUAUGGCAACAAAAUGACCGUGAGAAAACGGACGCAGUAGAAUUUGAAGACUACGAGGAACCUCAAAACGCCGCUGAUAUAUUGUCACCAGAACUGACUGAUGCUAUUCUCGAAGAGUUACCAAGGGAUUUGCUGGACGGAAUAUCCGUGCAAGACAUGUUCAGCGGAUACGAAGAGUGGAUGGAUUUUAAAAACUCUGAAAUCAAUUGCAACGAUAAUCUGAGUUUGAAUAUGAACAGCGACUCGAAGUUUGAUGAAGACGAUGUGAAAAUGUGCAGAGAUCUUAAAAGGAGCAAGUCUGAGGUGUUCCAGAAAAUCGAGGAUAAGAUGAAACCGAGGAACCCGCAGCGUUCGUGCAGUUUGACAUUUCAACAAUUGGAUAAUUCUCCAGCAAAUAAAAAGAGAAAAUUAGCAACUUCUCGAGACAGCAUGUUUAUGCAGUUAUUGCAAGUUGAUGGCGCUUGCGAUUCCAGUGGUAGCGAGUGCGGAUCACCGACGCAUGAGAGCGAAUAUGUGUGGACCCCAGAAAUCCCCGAAGAGCCUGUCACUUGCGAAAAAUGCCAAUGCACCUACCGUACGAAUGCCAGCUACAGAAGGCAUUUGGAGUCUUGUGAUGCUAUGUUUACAAGUGAAAGUGAAACAGAGAAUGAAACUCUUGUAGUGAGUGUAAUCGAUAGUCAAGAACCGCAGGUAAUUACGUCAUUUGAAACCUACAGCACCUAUCAAGCCACACAAAAUCAAAUACAGUCUACUGUAAUGAAUACUCAAACCAUUUUAUCCGAAUCCAAAGUACAAGAAAACAAUGGAAUACUGUACAAUUAUCAACAGUUGAAGCCGAUAAUAUCGCAUCCACAGUCGAAUGUAAUCAAUCUUAAUCAACCAAUUACAAUUAAUUCGACGGACGGAAACUCUCAGUUAUUAAACCAAUUUUGUAUGAAUCAAAUCAACCAGAAUGUUACCUUAAAUCAACCGAAUUUAAUAUCAGUGGACAAGAAUUCACUAACGCUGAAUCCAUCAAUCAUCUCGGUCGAUAAUUCUCAAGUUAUGAAUCAAAUGAAUGGUAUUAUAGAUAUCCAACAACCAGUGACCUUGCAAUCAGUUCCUUACACACCAGAAGUAUCACCAUUAAUGAAUUUAUCGCAGCAGAACCAACACAUAGCUAUUGAGACUAAAAUGCUCGCGCCAAAUAUGGUUAAUUCGAUGGUCAAUAUACCUCAAAGCCAAUGGGUACGUCCAAUAAUACCGCAGAGUAAACCCAGACCAAGGCCUAGGAUCGUUGCUAAGAAAUCUAGAGUACAAGGGAAUACAAUCGUGCUUCCUCAGAAUUCGCCGUCAGUUAUUUUGCAACAUAUCCCAUCAACGAACAUGCUUCCAUUCGUAGACCCCUUCCAACAACAAACCGGACAGAACGUGCAAUAUGUAGCAACAAUUACUCCACAAAUAAAUUCCACUGCAAUAAAUCCUCAAACGCAAUUAGUCCAGUUGCCUGAAAACAAUUUUCUCAGUUUAGUGCCGAAUGUGCAACCAACCAUGAUCAUUCAACAACCUAGAGUUGAUGCUGGUCAAUUAAUAGUUGAUAGUAAUGGGUCUAUGGUUUGGACAACUCAACCAGUCACCCAAGUUCAACCAGUCUACUAUGGUUUUGAAACUAUAGUUCAAAAUACAGUAAUGCAAUCGCAGCAAUUCUUGCCCACAACUGUACCGGGCGUGCUUACUACCAACAGCAGCUAUUCAGCAACAACGCAAGUAUUUCAGACGAGCAAACUAGAACCAGUAAUUGAUGGCAAUUUUGUAUUAGUUAACCCGAAUACGAUAGUCAAUCAGCCGGCAGUGUCUGUACCACAAAUACAAGCGAACAUUCCUCCUCAGCCAGUCACAAGCAGCGUACAAAUGACAAAAAAGGCUUGGAAUCACGUUGAGCAACCACCUAAGGCUCCACAACCGACCGUUUUGAAGCCGGUUCAUCCACCAAUCACAGUAGCUAACAAUUCAAACAGUAUUACUUUACCAGUAGCUCCCUUCGUCCCUGAGCAAGGGAUCCCAACUAAUAUAGUAACACCAACUCCAAAACCACCAACUGUUACUCAGAGCAGCAGACCCAUGAGCAGGGUACUCCCAAUGCCCACAAGUGUACAACAAAAGAAGCAAGAGAAGCCAACAGAAAAGCAGAUUCAUGCACCAGAAAUACAGAAAAUAGUUCACAAUGAAAAGCAGAAAAUUACGAUACUUGAGGACGUUGUUGUCAAAGAAUGCACACCAAUAAUAGUGACAGAAAUACAUUUGCCGGGUAUUCUGAAAGAAAAUAAGAUUAUUAAACCUGAGCUUCCGAAGGAGAUGAAAUUGGAAAUAGAAAUACCUGAAUUGAAAUGUACUCAGAAGAUAGCACCAUUGAAGGUUCCCAAGGCAAAGCCACAAACCAUUACAUCGACGAUCAUCGAAAACAAAGAAAAUACGAUGAUAGAACCAAAGCAACUAUUGGAAAAUGUAGAUGACUUUAAGACUAGCAAACUUCAAAAGAAAAACAACAAUACUUCAAUAUUUUACAAAAUCGAAUCUGAUGACGGCAUUGAUUACACGGAUUCUUCGCUGCCUCAGAUUUGGCGGAAAAUAUUCAACGAGGUGCAAACUUCCAGACUAGAACACAAUCUACCAGCGCUUCCGGAUAUUGCAUUCAAGUCUAUCAAUGACAUGGAUCUGCUCGGUCUUAGAACGAAAGGUAUGAAAUACUUACUCGAGCAACUCCCCGACGCGAUAAAAUGCAAAACGUACAAACCAAUAUUUCACAAAGCCAACGAUAAGGUGAAGAUCGAGGACGACGACAACGAGGAUGGAUCGAGGCGUUGCUUACCCUACGAGAACAAAAGAGAAAAGUAUGAUAUGUUCGGAUGGCUUUCGUCAAAGCAUCGUACAUUGGAAAUGUAUGAUCUGGAUGCGGUUUUGAAAAAAAAUGCCAAUGCCAGUUUACCAAUCGCUAUGCGUUUUAGAGCGUUAAAAAUUAUAUCAAAAUAUUCUGUUGGGGUUUAUCGAUCGGAAAUCCAUGGUAGAGGACUAUUUUCGUUACGAGAUAUUGAAGCUGGUGAAAUGGUCAUAGAGUACGCAGGCGAGGUCAUAAGGUCGGUGUUAACAGAUAAAAGGGAAAGGUACUACAACUCUAAAGGAAUUGGAUGCUACAUGUUUCGUAUCGAUGAUAAUUUGGUUGUGGAUGCAACAAUGAAGGGAAAUGCAGCUCGAUUUAUUAAUCAUUCGUGUGACCCCAACUGUUAUUCGAAAGUGGUGGAAAUACUUGGAUACAAGCACAUUAUAAUAUUCGCUCUUCGCAAAAUCAUUUGCGGCGAAGAACUCACAUACGAUUACAAGUUUCCAUUUGAGGAGGAUAAAAUCCCAUGUACUUGCGGAACGAAACGUUGCCGUAAGUUUCUCAACUGAUAUCAGUUUAAUCUAUUCAUUAAAUAAGUGUCCAAUGUAAAUAGGCGUGAUUUUAGAAUGAUCUUUGAACAGUGGGGAAGGCGAAGGUUUUUAUUUUGUUAGGCAUCUCCUUCCCCUAUUUUGUAUAGUGUAACAUAUUCUAGCUUUUUUGUUUCGCGAUGAAAAAUUGAAUUUAACGGUGAGCGUUUGAUUAAGGGAGGUUUGAGGAUAAAAAAAACAAUGUUUGGCUGUGAAAAAAUGCAUUUUGUGCCAUUGGCUAGAUAGGUGUAUUUGAUUCGAUUGACGAGAAAUUAUAUGAAUUAAUAAUAUGUUUAACAUGUGAUAAUUUUUCUAAAAAAAAUAAUAAUGAUGAUGAUGAUAAUGAUUAUAUGAAAGUUGAGAUGAAUAGAAAAGUGUUGUGAAAGAAGAUGCAAAUGUUUAAUCGAUUU